UCUUGAAGGACCAGAAACUAGCAUUCUGGUUUUUCCAGAGCCAAGGGUGUUUGAUAAGCUAAGCAGAUUGAUAUCUCCCUUUUUUCCAAGCAAUUUCUCGACACGUCUGUGCUUGUUCUUUCCUGAGUUGAAGCAUAUCAAACACUUUUGUAAUUUCAUGUUCGAUUCCAUGCAAGAUUUGGAUGACAAUUUGAAGGUGGCUGUGAUCGGAUUGAAGUUGUAGCCAGAGGGAAGGAAAAUGAUGAGUUGCUUCCAAUGUUGCAUGUCAGAAGAGAAAAUCGCCAGGAAGUCAUUAAAGAAGAGCAUCAGGGAAUACCAUGACACCAAAACUUUAGCCUCAUUUGCUAACAUCUCCUUCAAAACUGGAUGCUCUCCUUGGCGAGCAUAUGCGAUGUGUUGCAGGGGAUUGUGUGCAGAUGAAUUCAUCUAUAGCAGCAGGAGGAAGUACAUAGCUGAAGAGAUAGCAAAGGUUGGCAAAGGAAAUAUUUCUGCUCAGAUUUUUACUUUCCGGGAACUGAGCGUUGCAACUAACAACUUCCAUCCAGACAAUUUGCUAGGCGAAGGCGGUUUUGGGAGAGUUUACAAAGGGAAACUUGAAGACACCGACCGAGUUGUUGCUGUUAAGCAACUAGACAGGAAUGGGUUCCAAGGAAAUAGAGAAUUUCUUGUAGAAGUUUUGAUAUUGAGUCUUCUUCACCAUCCCCACCUUGUCAAUUUGGUCGGAUAUUGCGCCGAUGGUGAUCAGAGGAUUUUGGUGUAUGAGUACAUGGCGAAUGGGUCCCUAGAGGACCAUCUUCUUGAUUUAGGUCCCGGGAAAAAGGCCUUGGAUUGGGAUACUAGGAUGAAAAUUGCAGCAGGGGCAGCAAAAGGACUUGAAUACUUACAUGAACAAGCCAACCCCCCUGUGAUAUACCGCGAUUUCAAAGCUUCCAACAUUUUAUUGGAUGAGAACUUCAGUCCAAAGCUCUCUGAUUUUGGUCUGGCAAAGUUAGGCCCAACUGGGGAUAAGACUCAUGUAUCCACCAGGGUGAUGGGAACUUAUGGCUACUGUGCACCUGAAUAUGCACUGACAGGGCAGUUGACAACAAAAUCCGACAUUUACAGCUUUGGAGUUGUGUUUUUGGAGAUAGUCACAGGAAGAAGAGUUAUAGACAACAACAGACCAACGGAGGAGCAGAACUUAGUUACUUGGGCACAACCAUUAUUUAAAGACAGAAGGAAGUUUACAUUAAUGGCUGAUCCAUUGCUAGAAGACAAGUACCCUAUAAAGGGUCUUUACCAAGCUCUUGCUGUUGCAGCAAUGUGUCUGCAAGAGGAAGCUACUACAAGACCUCUGAUCAGUGACGUUGUAACCGCGUUAGAGUAUUUAACCGUAGACUGCAUUGAAUCUGAUGAGAAUAAUGGUGAUGAAUAUGUUGAGAGUACUUAUGAUGGUGCAUUUGAGGGUAAGGAGGGUACACGACUAGAGAGUACAAGGAGCCUAUGAGUUAAAUGUUUCAUGAACUCUAUAUGAUCAUGUUGUCAACACCAAAAAAAAAAAAAAAAAAAAAAAAAAAAAAAGAGUUUGAUCAUCUUGUAGCUAGCUAGGCUGCUCUGUAAAAACAAACCCCAUGCCAUUGCCGUUGUUUCAAAAAAAAAAAUCACUUCUUUUGUCCACAUUUGGUUGUAGCAUGGUGAAGUUUUGGUGAUUUUGUUGAUGACAAUGAGCUAUCACAAAAGAAUUGGUUAAGGGUGAGACACUUUAACCAAGCAGGCCCAAAUGGCCUAUAGAAGAGAAGAGAAGAGAAGAACAAACUCAUCCUUGCAGGUAGACGAUUACAAGGGCCAGAAAGAGUAUUUCCAAAUUGUCUGCUAUUAAUUUGUUGUAUCAAAUGCCAAAAAUGUAGCUAUGUAUAUACUUCAAUGA